AUGCGUUUCUCUGCCCUCCUCGUCACUCUCGGCCUCACCGGUGCCCUGGCCACGCCCACUCUGGUCGCUCGUGACGCCCCUGCCGUCGGUGUCAUCUCGGACAUCAGCGCCCAGACCUCUGCUCUGGCCUCGGCCGUCUCCUCCUACAACGGCGGUGACCCUUCGGCAGUCCAGUCCGCCUCUGACAAGCUCGUUAGCACCAUCAACUCCGGUGUCGACACCGUCAAGAGCGGCGCUGACCUCAGCACCGCCGAUGCUCUGGCUCUGACCUCCCCCGUCCAGGACCUGACCAAGCAGGUCCAGGGCGUCGUCAACGACCUCAUCUCCAAGAAGGACCAGUUCGUCGCCGCCGGAGCCGGUGGUGCCGUCUACAAGUCCCUCCAGGAGCAGUACACCGCCGCCGACAACCUGGCCAAGGCCAUCUCCUCCAAGGUCCCCUCUUCCCUCUCCGACAUCGCCGCUCAGCUCUCCGCCGGCAUCACCGCCGCCAUCCAGAAGGGUAUCGACGCCUACAAGGACGCCGGCAGCUCCUCUUCUUCCUCUUCUGCCUCUGCCUCUGCCACUGAGACCUCCACUGCUACCGCUACCGCCACCAAGACGGGCUCUUCCUCCUCUUCCGCCGUCAUCCCCACCGGCACCUCCGCCUCUGGCAGCGCCUCCGCUACUCCCUCUGGCAGCGCUACCCCCACCAAGGGCGGCUCCGGCUCCAGCACUGGCUCCGCUACCGCCUCCACUAGCACCAACCUCCUCGCCACUGGUGCCGCCAGCAAGGAGCACUUCAGCUACUCCCUCGGCGGUGCCGUCGUCGCUGCCGCCAUCGCUGUGGCUUUCUAA